AACACAGAGAGAGAGAGAGAGAGGCACAUGCACAAGGGAGAUCGCACAACCUGCAGUCUUUCGCAUACAUUCACAGGGACCCCUCAUUGGAAAUGAAACAGGACUGAAAACAAACCUGUGGAGAAAGUGAAUGAGCAGCUGGCCUUCUGCUAUACCUGGUGCAACUACUCAGAAGACAUGGCUAACUUCUGGACACAGUUGGGUCUGUUACUGUGGAAGAAUUUCACCUAUAGAAGAAGACAGACAUUUCAGCUGCUGAUUGAGAUAGCGUGGCCUCUUUUUCUGUUCUUCAUAUUGAUCUCCGUACGACUCUCCUAUCCGCCUUACGAGCAACAUGAAUGCCAUUUCCCAAACAAGGCAAUGCCUUCUGCCGGGACUCUGCCAUGGAUACAAGGAAUUAUCUGUAAUGCAAACAACCCCUGCUUUCGCUACCCAACACCUGGUGAAUCCCCUGGAGUUAUUGGAAAUUUUGACAAAUCGAUCCUUUCCCGCCUGUUUCUCGAUGCCAAGAAGAUAAUACUGUACAGCCAGAGGGAUGGCAACAAGGGAGCCUUCCACAAACUGUUUGAAGCUCUGAAAAGAUUCAGCAACUCUUCUCUGGAUCUCAGGCUCCAGGAUUUCUUAAUCGAGAAUGAGACACUGUCGGAAUUUCUGUACCAAAACAUGUCAUUUGAUCGUUCUACGGUGGAUAAGAUUCUGGAUGCUGAUGUAAAUUUUGGAAAGGUCAUUACAGUUGGCCAAGGGUUACAGCUGAAAGACCUUUGCAAUGGCACGAAACUGGAUGACUUUGUUAUCAUUGGAGAUCCCUCUACAGCCACACACACUCAAUCUCUCAUUUGCACACUGUCUGAGGAGGAACUGAGAAAAGUUGAAAGAGCAUUCUUCUCCAACCUGGAUAUCCUAAAGUUAACCAAAAAGGGACUGACCACUAAUCCUCUUGCAACAUUAGAAGUAUCUAAUGCCAUGGACUCAGUACUUCAAAAUCUCAUGAUUCUCACUAAAGAGUUGACUGAGGUUAAGAGUUGGAGCGACAUGAGAAGAGAGGUGAUGCUGCUUACCAAUGACAGCUUGACAGGAUCACCACAGGAGCUGUACCAAGCCGUGUCGAGGAUCGUGUGUGGGCACCCAGAAGGUGGGGGCUUAAAAAUCAAAUCCCUGAAUUGGUACGAGGACAACAAUUACAAAUACCUUUUGGGCAGAAACACCACGGAUGAAGAGUCCUCACAGUAUGACAAUUCAACAACUCCAUACUGCAAUGAUCUGAUGAAGAGUUUGGAAUCCAAUCCCAUCUCAAAAAUGAUCUGGAGGGCAAUGAAACCAUUGUUGGUCGGUAAAGUUCUAUACACUCCCGAUACUCCUAUGACCCGGAAAAUUAUCAAAGAGGUUAACAAGACCUUUCAAGAACUGAGUGUCUUCAGGGAAGCUGGAGCAAUGUGGGAAGAAAUUGGACCAAAGAUCUGGGAAUUUAUGGAAAGAAGCCAGGCAAUGGAUCUGAUCCGAAGUCUACUGAAGAAAGAGGUUAUGGCUGAUUACUUUGACUCAAAGUUGGCUGGAACCUCUUGGACAGUUACUGACCUCUCCAACUUUAUUGCUAAGUACCCAGAAGAGGUUCAACAUCCAAAUAAGUCAAGAUACACCUGGAGGGAGGCUUAUAAUGAGACGGAACAGGCAAUUCACACAAUAUCACUUGCAAUGGAGUGUAUAAAAUGGGACAAACUGGAAGCUGUGUCUACUGAGGAGAAACUAAUAAACAAAUCCAUGGAACUGCUGGAUGAGAGGAAGUUCUGGGCUGGGAUUGUGUUCCUUGGCUCUGACUCCAACAGUACAAAACCAUCAGAACACAUGAAGUACAAAAUCCGGAUGGAUAUAGACAACGUGGAACGAACAAACAAGAUAAUGGAUGGGUACUGGGAUCCAGGUCCACGUGCUGAUCCAUUUGAAGAUCUCCGUUACAUAUGGGGUGGUUUCUCCUACCUGCAGGACAUAGUAGAGCAUGCAAUUAUCCGCACAGUGACCGGGAACAAGGAGGAGACGGGUGUAUACAUUCAGCAAAUGCCAUAUCCCUGCUACGUGGAUGACUUGUUUCUUCGUGUCCUGAGCCAGUCCCUGCCUCUUUUCACCACCCUGGCCUGGAUAUACUCAGUGGCUGUGAUAAUUAAAGGGAUAGUGUAUGAGAAGGAAACACGGCUGAAAGAGACCAUGAGGAUUAUGGGCCUGAGCAGUGGCACCCUGUGGCUUAGCUGGUUCAUCAGCAGUUUGAUCCCUUUGCUCAUCAGUGCUGGCUUGCUGGUAGUGAUUCUAAAGGAAGGGAACAUCUUGCCUUACAGCAACCCCAUUGCCGUCUUCACGUUCCUUGCAGUUUUUGGAGUGGUUACCAUCUUGCAAUGUUUUUUGAUCAGCACAAUGUUCUCAAAGGCUAACUUGGCAGCGGCUUGUGGAGGGAUUAUCUACUUCACCCUCUACCUCCCUUACGUGCUGUGUAUGGCUUGGCAGGAGUACAUUACCUACCCGGUCAAAAUCUUCGCUAGUCUGCUGUCCCCAGUCGCAUUUGGCUUUGGCUUUGACUAUUUCGCCCAGUUUGAGGAGCAGGGAAUUGGGGUCCAGUGGCACAAUCUCUUUGCAAGCCCAUUGAAAGGCAAUGAGUAUAACAUCGCUACAUCCAUCAUCCUCAUGAUAGUCGACACCUUCCUCUAUGCAGUUAUGACCUGGUACAUUGAGGCAGUAUUCCCAGGUCAAUAUGGCAUUCCCAAACCUUGGUACUUUCUUUUCACCAAGUCCUAUUGGUGCGGAGACCCAGUUCAGAACAUUAGACAUUCUCCAUAUGAAAAGAGUAAAGAUUCACGAAUCUGUGUGGAGGAGGAGCCAACUCACCUUCAGCUUGGUGUGUCCAUUCAAAACCUGGUCAAAAUUUACCGAGAUGGCAAGAAACUGGCAGUUGAUGGGCUCACACUGGGCUUCUAUGAAGGGCAGAUUACAUCAUUCCUGGGACAUAAUGGCGCUGGCAAAACUACCACAAUGUCAAUAUUGACAGGAUUGUUCCCACCAACCUCUGGAACGGCCUAUAUACUGGGCAAAGAUAUUCGUACUGACCUGAAUUCCAUCCGGCAAAGUCUGGGGGUGUGCCCGCAGCACAAUGUCCUUUUUGAUCUGCUUACUGUCGAGGAGCACGUUUGGUUUUACGCACGGCUCAAUGGGGCUUCAGUGAAAGAAGUGAAGAGAGAGGUGGAGCAGAUGGUCCUGGAUGUGAAGCUGCCCAACAAACGCAAAGAAACAACUAAUAAGCUUUCAGGUGGGAUGCAGCGCAAACUUUCAGUGGCCCUUGCUUUCGUUGGUGGCUCUAAAGUUGUCAUCCUGGAUGAACCAACUGCGGGAGUUGACCCGUACUCCCGCCGGGGAAUAUGGGAUCUGCUGCUCAAAUAUCGCCAAGGUCGGACUAUUAUCCUCUCCACUCAUCAUAUGGAUGAGGCAGAUAUGCUGGGAGAUCGGAUUGCCAUCAUUUCCAAUGGAAAGCUAUGUUGCUGUGGAUCGUCACUGUACUUGAAGAACCAGCUGGGAACAGGAUACUAUCUCACCCUGGUCAAGAAAGAUUUGGAGCCAUCCCUUAGCUCCUGCAGGAACAGCAGCAGCACCAUGUCCUACCUGAAAAAGGAUGACAGUGUCUCUCAAAGUAGCUCAGAUGCUGGACUUGGCAGUGAUCAAGACAGUGAUACUUUGACAAUAGAUGUUUCAGCCAUCUCCAAUCUGAUCUUAAAGCAUGUGGCAAAGGCUCGCCUAGUUGAAGAUAUUGGGCAUGAACUAACGUAUGUGUUGCCUUAUGAGGCUGCUAAAGAUGGUGCCUUCGUGGAACUUUUCCAUGAGAUGGAUGACAGGCUCACUGACCUGGGAAUUUCCAGUUAUGGAAUUUCUGACACCACCCUGGAAGAAAUAUUCCUUAAGGUUGCAGAAGAUCAUGGAGUGGAUGCUGAAAUCUCAGACGGCACAAUCCCUGCCUGCCGAAACAGGAGAUCGAGGUUUGUUGACAGACAGAGUUGCCUCAGACCAUUUACUGAUGAUGAUGCCACCGAUAUGAAUGACUCAGAUGCUGACCCAGAGUCCCGGGAAACUGACUUCUUGAGUGGGAUGGAUGGGAAAGGUUCGUACUCAGUUAGAGGCUGGAAUCUCAUGAGGCAACAGUUUGUGGCAUUGUUCUGGAAGCGACUGAUUUAUGCCAAGCGUAGCAGAAAAGGAAUCUUUGCUCAGAUUGUGCUUCCCGCUGUCUUUGUGUGCAUUGCACUGGUGUUCAGCCUGAUUGUGCCUCCAUUCGGUAAAUAUCCCAGCCUGGAGCUACACCCCUGGAUGUACGACGAGCAGUACACAUUCAUUAGUAAUGAUGCCCCUGGAGAUGCAAACGCAGCAAAACUGAUGGAUUCUCUUGUUAACGAACCGGGCUUUGGGACACGGUGUAUGAGAGGAGACCCUAUUCCGGAUGCUCCAUGUGAGCCCACAAAUGGGGAAUGGAUUACUCCAUCUGUACCAGAUUCUAUAAUGGACGUCUUUCUCAAAGGGAACUGGACAAUGGAAAACCCUUCACCUUCGUGCCAAUGUAGUGAUAAUGCUGUAAAGAAGAUGCUUCCAGUGUGUCCUCCAGCUGCUGGUGGACUUCCUCCUCCUCAGAUUAAACUGAACUCAACAGACAUCCUUCAGAACCUGUCAGGCAGAAAUGUGUCAGACUACCUUGUGAAAACCUAUGCACAGAUCAUUGGGAGAAGUUUGAAGAACAAGCUCUGGGUGAACGAGUUCAGGUAUGGCGGAUUUUCACUGGGGGGAGAGAGCUCUCCAUUCCUGGCUCCACGGGAGGAGAUCACUCAAGCCAUCCUCCACUUAAAGCAGGCACUUGAGUUGACACAGGGCAGUGCUUCGGACCGAUUUAUGAACCAGCUCCCAAAGUUCAUGUCUGGACUAGACACGAAAGAUAACGUGAAGAUCUGGUUUAACAACAAAGGCUGGCAUGCUGUGGGAGCGUUCCUGAAUGUCAUGAACAAUGCCAUUCUGCGGACUCAUUUACCAGAAGGAGAAGAUCCAAGUGUGUAUGGAAUCACUGCCAUCAAUCACCCACUCAAUCUGACCAAAGAACAGAUCUCUGAGGUGGCCCUAAUGACUACUUCAGUGGACGUUUUAGUUUCCAUCUGCGUGAUCUUCGCCAUGUCCUUUGUCCCAGCGAGUUUUGUGGUUUUCCUGAUCCAGGAGCGAGUCACCAAAGCCAAGCACAUGCAGUUCAUCUGUGGAGUGAAGCCAGCCAUCUACUGGCUGGCUAACUACAUGUGGGAUAUGUGUAACUAUGUUGUUCCUGCCACCCUGGUCAUCGUCAUUUUCAUCUGCUUCCAACAAAAAUCUUAUGUGUCUUCCUCAAAUUUACCCGUGCUUGCUCUGCUUCUCUUCCUGUAUGGGUGGUCCAUCACCCCUUUGAUGUACCCAGCAUCCUUUGUAUUCAGAAUCCCCAGCACUGCCUACGUAAUCUUAACCAGUGUGAAUUUGUUCAUCGGGAUCAAUGGCAGUGUGGCAACCUUUGUCCUUGAGCUGCUUAGCAACAAUAAACUGAACAGCAUUAAUGAAGUUCUGAAAUCUGUGUUCCUGAUCUUCCCUCACUUCUGCCUGGGUCGUGGGUUGAUAGAUAUGGUGAAAAAUCAGGCAAUGGCAGAUGCCUUGGAAAGAUUUGGUGAGAAUCAUUUUGUCUCCCCACUUUCCUGGGAUCUAGUGGGAAGGAACCUAUUCGCCAUGGCUAUAGAGGGAGUGGUUUUCUUUAUCAUCACAGUGCUGAUUCAGUACAGAUUCUUUAUAAAACCAAGACCCUCAUCGGCAAAGCUCCCAGUGCUGACUGAUGAAGAUGAGGAUGUGGCCAAGGAGAGGCAGAGGGUCUUGAGUGGUGGGUGCCAGAAUGACAUUCUGGAACUGAAAAGCCUCACCAAGAUCUACAGAAUGAAGCAGAAGCCUGCUGUUGACCGACUGUGUGUGGGGAUCCCACCUGGAGAGUGCUUUGGACUUCUGGGGGUGAAUGGUGCUGGGAAAUCAACAACCUUCAAGAUGUUGACAGGUGAUAGUUAUGUCACAGGAGGAGAAGCUUUCCUGAAAGGACACAGUAUUCUAUCCAAUAUGCAAGAGGUCCAUCAGAACAUGGGUUACUGCCCUCAGUUUGAUGCCAUCAAUGAACUGCUGACUGGGCGGGAACAUCUGGAGCUUUACGCACUCCUCCGUGGAAUUCCCGAAAAGGAAAUCUGCAAGAUUGCUGAGUGGGGGAUCCGAAAGUUGGGAAUUAUUCGAUAUGCAGACAGAAGGGCCGGUAACUACAGUGGAGGGAACCGGCGCAAACUUUCCACUGCCAUGGCCCUGAUUGGGGGUCCUCCGGUUUUAUUUCUGGAUGAACCCACAACAGGGAUGGAUCCAAAGGCACGGAGAUUCCUGUGGAACACUAUCCUCAAUAUCAUUAAAGGAGGCCGCUCAGUGGUUUUGACAUCACAUAGUAUGGAGGAGUGUGAGGCUCUGUGCACACGAAUGGCAAUAAUGGUUAAUGGUAAAUUCCGAUAUGGCAGUGUACAGCACCUCAAGAACAGGUUUGGUGAUGGAUACACGAUAAUCGUGCGGAUAGCUGGUCCAAACCCAGACCUGACUCCGGUGGUGCAAUUCUUUAAGCGGGCUUUCCCUGGUAGCAUUCUCAAGGAGAAACACCGUUGCAUGCUCCAAUACCAGUUGCCUUCAUACCAGUCCUCCUUAUCGAGGAUCUUCAGUAUUCUCUCCAGCAACAAGGAGAAGCUUCACAUUGAGGACUACUCCGUCUCACAAACCACAUUAGACCAAGUAUUUGUAAACUUUGCCAAGGACCAAAGCAACGAUGACCUCUUAAAGGACACGUCCAUUCACAGAAGUGACACCGUCCUGAAUGUUGCACUCCUGAAUACAUUUUUACAUGACGACAAUGUGAAGGAAAGCUAUGUGUGAACUGAUAAACUGAAUGUCAGACCUGGACAGAAACUUUUCUUCCCUUCAGAAUCUGAAGUUUUGUUUUGAAAGAAAGGAGGAAGAAUAAAACUGGACGCUCUACUGAUGCCAUUCAAUGCAAUUCAAUGCAACAAUUCCACUAUUUUGUGACAGGGCGGUGUCUCUGUUUGUUGUUGAUCAGUACUGAGGUUAAGUUUAAAACUUGAAUAUAGUUUGUAUUACAAUAUGACCUUGUGAAACUCUAGUAUUAUAUUCAAUUCCAGUUUAACAAUAACAAUGCGACAAUCCUACAGUUACUGACUCAUCACAGCCAGUAACUGAGUUAGUGAAUCAAUAACUCAUCCAAACACACAUGCACACAGACCUCUCCACAUAGAUGAUAAAAUAUUUACCAGAUUCUGAAGCUUUCAGAAUUCAUAACCAAAGCUGGCCUCAAUUCCUUUAAUAAUUACUCUGUGAGACUACUUUUUAAAUAUAAACAAAAAUGUUAAUAAAGUAUUUAUUUACCGACUACAGGUAUAACUAGUUAAAACAGAAGUGUUUACAUUGCAUCCUAUCAGGAAUAAAUUUGUACACUUCCAUGGGCACUAGAGUUUUCUAAUGGUCAUCUUUAAAAAUACUUCAGUUGUUUCAUUCCAAGCACUUUAUACAGAAUGUUCUGGAACAUGUUGUUUAGUUUUUGUUUGCACUGUAAAAUCAAUUUAGCCUUUAUAAAUGCAAACAAAGAAAAAGAAAUAGCAAUGCUUGGAGAUGAUAAAGUCUUGAUGUUUAUAACUUAAAAGUCAUUUUUCAUAUCAAAAUGUUACAGUACCAAACGAAUAACUUGUUUGUCAGAAAAUUUUAAUGUCUAAAUGUAUUUGUAUGUUUUUUUCUGUUUCCUGUACAUUAAGUUAGAAAAUAAAAUUGUAAUAACAUUGAUAUCAUUUAGUCAUUCAUAAGAAGUAGAAGCAGGAGUAGGCCAUUUGGUCCCUUAUGCCUGUCCACCAUCCAGUAAGAUCAUGUCUAAUCUUUUACCUCAGCACCACUUCCCUGCACUGGCCUCAAGUGGAUGGAACAAGUCCAUCAUCAGCCUAUUUUAUAUUCAAGCUCAAUCCCUUCCUUCUCCAGGAGCACACCGGUUUCCUGAACUCAUUGAUAGAGCUGACUUCAUUAUUUCAUCCGGUCUGAGGUCUGGAAGUGAUGGGCUGGCAGCAGUGUUAGGGAUUUGGUUUGGGGGUAAAUUCAUCUGUUGGAAACACAGGAAGUCUUCCUGAACCAGAUGCAAAGGAAAAGGCCAGAGUCAGACAAUGUUGCGGAGGUAGGGAGGGGUGGUUUUAUGUUCUAAAGGCUUUAUACACAGCUUAAUGUUUCUAAGGUCAGCACAGGCUCACAGUCAGUACUAAGUUGAUGCUUGUUAUUGACUAAUAUUUCACUAAAUCUAAUUCCUUAAGUGAAAACCGUUAAUCAGGGAUGGAGCUUUUGCAUUUCACUGUGUGUUUCGAUGUACAUGUGACUAAUAAAGAAAUCUUAUCUAGCUUUUGUGAGGUAGGUUAAUUAUCUUGCUGUAGAGAACAGAUUAUGUAUCUCACCCACUUUGGCCCUAUGAUGGCUACUUUUUCCUUCUCAAUAGCCCCUAGACAUUAUGAACGGUGGUGCUGGAUGAUUCUGCAAGCUAACCUACUGGCUUUGGCAGUCAGCCUUGAUACCGGAGGGACUUGACCACAGAGUCUGGCCAGACAGUCUCAAGUGGUACUCUAGUACUAGUGAUCCUAUUUUCUAGGUGUGUAAGAUGUUUUAGCAAAGCCCUAUGCAUCCCCUUAGUUGAUUCCCUGUAGGGAAUUCCCUAUAGGGAGUAAGGGGUCAUCCCCAAGUGUCACUGCCAAUAUUUAUCCCUUCAGUCAUUGUCACUAAAACAGAAUAUCUGAGCAUUGUUCCUUUUCAUUCAGGUGUAUCUACAGGCAUGUCUUACCUUUCUGUUUGCUACCAAAUUCAAUAGUGAGUCAAGGGUUUGCCCCUCU